GGGAGCCGCUGCCGCUGGCAGGAAGUGUCUCCCUGUACGGGCAGCUCCUGCACCUUCACACCAUGGCUGUGUGGACCCGAGCCUCCAAGUCCGGGCUGCUGGAGCUGCUCCUCCAGGAUCACUGGGUGAGAGUCCAAGCCGAACUGUCCGGGGAGAGCCUGAGCCUGACCUCGGAGCAGGAGCCUGCAGAGCUCAAUGGGCUCAGCAACGGCACCGAAUUGGCCCAGGGCAGCCCCCACAGGGUACCCCCCGAGCGCUCUGGUGCCAGCUCCCCCCAGACAGGAUCCGACUGCGGCUCCGAGUCGGGUCUGGGCAGCCCGGGAGCUCGCUACCCCAUGGACAGCCCGGAGGCGCUGAGGAGGGUGAGGGUGGUAAAACAGGAGUCCGGUGGUCUGGGCAUCAGCAUCAAGGGGGGCCAGGAGAAUAGGAUGCCCAUCCUCAUCUCCAAGAUCUUCCCAGGGCUGGCAGCCGACCAGAGCCGGGCACUCAGGGUCGGGGACGCCAUCCUGUCUGUCAAUGGCACCGAUCUGCGGAAUGCCACCCAUGACCAGGCUGUGCAGGUGCUGAAGAAGGCUGGCAAGGAGGUGACAUUGGAAGUGCGGUUCUUGCAGGACGUGUCUCCCUUCAUCAGGAAAGCUUCCCUGGUUGGCGAUCUUCCCUGGGACGGUUGUGACCUGAGUGGACCAGCGCACAACGACACAUCUGGCUCCCCCAAGCACGGCUCCAGGGACUGCAAGGUCAUCCCCUUAAAAAUGUGCUACGCGGCGAGAAACCUGAGCAUGUACGACCCCGAGGGACGGCUGGUGGAACUGCGCUCUCCUGAUGGGUGUCACUCCAUCGUUCUCCGAUGUAGGGACUCCGCCUCAGCGCUGUCCUGGUCGCAGGCCCUGCACAAUAACAUCACCGCGCUGCUGCCGCAGGUGCUGGCGGAGACGCAGUGCAUGCUGGGAGCCGCCAGUGAGGACCUCAGGCACUUAGGCUGGGUGGCAGAACAGGUGUCCCAGGAUGAUGGACGGGCAGUAUGGCAACCAACCCUGGCAGUCGCCUCACAGAGGGAUUUUCUGCUCUUUUGUGCUAUGCCAAGGACGCGAGAGGAGUGGGCAAAUCCGAAACACAAGCUGCCGCUUAUAUCCACCAGGUUGGUGCACUCGGGUCCCGGGCACACUGCCCCCUCUCUGGGACCACAUCUAACAUUUGCCACCCGCACAGGGUGUCCUCAGGGCAUUGAAAUGCGCGUCUUCCGUGUGGAGAAUCAGAGAGACCUCUCUGCGUGGACACGAGCGUUGGUGCAGGGUUGCCAUGCUGCAGCAGAAAUCACAAGAGAGGUCACCAUCAAUUGCACUCUGCGUGGGGAAGCAGUCUCGCUCUCCAUCCACUAUGAUUCGGGGUUCACAGUGUGUCGAGGAGGCCCAUCAGGGCCCGUCAUUCACAGAUACCCUUUUGAAAAGCUCAAAAUGUCAGCCGACGAUGGAAGCAAACACCUUUACCUGGACUUUGGUGGACCAGAAGGAGAGCUGCCUUUGGAUCUGCACACAAGUCCGAAGCCUGUUGUUUUCCUGUUGCACACAUUCCUUUCUGCUAAAGUCACCCGGAUGGGUCUGCUGGCCUGACCCUACGCUCAGCAAACGCACGCUUUUUAUGCACGGGGCUCUUCUUUGCAAUCAGUGCCUUCCAGUGACAAAUCAGGAAACGCGGGCAGGAGGCCCGCUCACACCCCAAAUUUUUAUCUGGGCAGACGUACUGCCUCACAACAGCUUCUGAUAGAACUGUGCAGGCCAACCCUGACGCAACGGCGUGGC